AUGCCUCUGGGCUGCGUCCGCCGUAGCCUGACACGUAUGCCGUCGGAAUCAGAUCGGCCGCUGUCGUGCCUGUUUGGCAUUAUCAAGCCCAGUGGACCGACGUCGAUGGACUUGCUGGACCGACUCAAGCCGCUGCUCGCAUCGUCGGACCUGUUUUAUGCGGCACAUACGCCUCGGCGUGUCAAGCCGGCACGGCGACUCAAGCCGUGGGAGCGCGAGCUCGUCGCCAAGUGUGGCCGCCUGCCACCCAAGAUGGGGCAGGGCGGCACGCUGGAUCCACUCGCGGAAGGUGUGCUUGUGAUUGGCCUUCACCAUGGCACGAAGCAGCUGCAGCAGUUUCUGCACUGCACGAAAGAAUACGAGACCACGGGGCUUCUCGGCACAGCCACGACGUCGUAUGAUGCCAAAGAGCCUAUUAUGUCUUAUGCACCGCACUCGCACGUCACCGAAGACAUGGUGCGCGACAAGCUGAGACUAUUUCGUGGGCAGGUCCAGCAGCUUCCACCGCUGUACAGUGCGCUGCGUAUGGACGGAAAGCGCCUGUUUGAAUACGCGCGCGAAGGCAUACCCCUUCCGCGGCCCAUUGAGCCGCGCAACGUGUGCAUUGACGAGCUGGAACUCGUUCAAUGGCACCCUCCCUCUGCACACACAUACGCACCUCCUACGACGCGCGUGUCCGACGACGACAAGGCCCUGUUCACGAGGGUGCGUGCGAUGGCUGGCGCUCAGGCACUGGAUACCACGAAUCAGGACACGGCAUGUAUAGCCGCGCCUGAGGACCGCGAGGAAACGUCGCCACCCGCCGCCUUUACCCUCCGAAUGACCGUGUCGUCCGGCACCUACGUUCGCUCGAUCGUCCAUGAUCUCGGCACAGCGUGCGGCAGUGCAGCACACGUCGUACGCCUCGUGCGCACGCGACAGGGGCCGUUCCACUUGGGCAACUCGAUACCAUGGGAGGUGUUUGAGCGGGGUCUGGCUGAGCUCGGCCACGAGAAGGUAGAGGGGGGCCUGCGUGAAUGGGAACAAAGGAUCCUGCAGCACAUGCAGCUGUGUGACUAG